GGGUAGGCAUCGAAAACGCACGCACGUGUUUUGCGAGUCUUAUACUGUUUUAUUUAUUUAAAAUUAUCUUAGUAUAGUUUUAAACAUGUUUUAAGUGUUGUCAUACCUUGCUAGCAGUGUUCCAUUCAUCAAAUCCAUAAAUUGCAACAUAAUAAUCCAAAUAACUUUAUCACAUCACCAUAACCUCAAUCACUACAAAAGUUACCAAAUGGAGGCCAUUCAGCAGUCAGUACAGGCGUUGACGGAGCACUUCAACACACAGAUGGCUGAGUUUCAAAAAAACUUGCAAGGUGCUAUUCCAGCUGCGAGCCCCACCUCAAAUAUUGCAGCUCAAUUUAAUGCUUUCCGGACCUUCGUGUUGUCAGCUCUCUCAGGUCUACAGCAACAAGUGGAAGUCCUAGCCAAGCAAAUGGAUCAACUUGAGAUGCGGAGCAGAAAAAAGAUGCUAUUAGUACAUGGCAUCCCCGAGAGCGAUGACAGCAAUCUAGCGGCCACGGUAAGCACAUCUCUGUCUGAUCAUCUCAAGCUGUCGGCCUUCCAGGAAGACUGCCUCACUCGUUGCCAACGGAUCGGUCAGCCUAAGAGCGACAAGCCCCGGGCCAUACUCCUUAAGUUCCAUGAUUUGUCAAUGAGGAAUCAGGUGUGGUUUGCAAAGACUUCACUCAAGAAUACUGGCAUAACACUGUCGGAAUUUCUGACAAAAGACAGGCACGACGCUUUCAUGGCAGCGAGGCAGAAGUUUGGGAUUUCGAAGUGCUGGACGAGAGAUGGUCUUAUUAUUAUUGCGGGUCAGGCCAACAAGCGUUACCGCGUCACAACCAUUUCGGAAGUAAAUUCCAUUAGCCAGGCACGCGCUGACGAAGAAGCCACGCCUUCAGCGGCCGCUCCUACUGCCAAGCCGACUUCUAAUGUGAAUAAACCAUCCUUUAAUGCACCCUCGAGGGCCAAAAGAAUCACUAAGAAGUAAACUAAUAGCUACUAAUCAGGUACACGUUUUUCAUUCGGCCGCUAGUUUCUUGUGCGCUGUUGUUUUGCAUCACUUCUCGUAGACAUACCUACCUACUCAGUUAGUUAUACAGUUUAGCAUCGAGGUACCUACACCCUCACAUUUGUGUAUAAUCCAUUCUCUGUUAUAAUACUUGUUUACAAACGUUACUAUAUUAUGCGUA